GAUCGUGUUUAAUGAAGGUGUAGUGUUCAUCGGUAAACACGAAAUAAUUCCUAGCCAUGGUGCGUAUGAAUGUAUUGAGCGAUGCUCUAAAAUCCAUAAACAAUGCUGAAAAGCGCGGUAAAAGGCAGGUCCUUAUCAGGCCUUCAUCAAAAGUAGUUGUUAAGUUUUUAACUGUAAUGAUGAAGCAUGGUUACAUUGGAGAAUUUGAAAUUGUAGACGAUCACAGAAGUGGAAAGAUAGUAGUAAAUUUGACAGGAAGGUUAAACAAAUGUGGAGUAAUUUCCCCUAGGUUUGAUGUACCAAUUACACAUAUUGAAAAAUGGACAAAUAAUCUUUUACCUUCUCGUCAGUUUGGAUAUGUUGUGCUUACCACAAGUGGAGGUAUCAUGGAUCACGAAGAAGCUAGAAGGAAACACCUGGGAGGAAAAAUUUUGGGAUUUUUCUUCUAAGAUAGAUUUAUAAUUUAAUAAAAAUUGUUUGU